AUGGAUCUCCUCUCCUCCAUCCGCAAGUCGGGCUCCCGAGGAGGCGUCAACUUCUCCUGGGAUGAAGUCCAAACAUCACAACAUCGCGAAAACUAUCUCGGCCAUUCUCUUAUGGCACCCGUCGGGCGAUGGCAGAAAGGCCGCGAUCUGAGUUGGUACGCGAAAGGAAACGAGGAAGGAAAAGAAGGCGAGACAGCAGAAGAGAAGCAAGCUAGGGAAAGAAAGGAAGAAAUCAGAAAGAUUAAAGAGGCAGAAGAGGAUGCCCUUGCGAGGGCUCUGGGUCUGCCUGUGGCUGAUAGAGGUGUUACGGGGGCUAAUGCUAUUACGGUGGGCGAGGUCAAUCGUAUGGUUAAGGAUGCUGGAGUUGGGGAGGAGGAUUAUGGGGAUUUAGGGAAGAGUAACGGGUUUGGAGAUUUUGUUGGUAAGGCGGAAGGCGCCGAUGGAUUUAUCGCAGAGCCUGAGGCGCAAGAGAAAGGUGGAAUUGUUCGAAAGGGACGAGAGAAAGAGGGAGAAGGACGCCGGAGAGAUGAGAGGAGUCGGACUCCAGUACGAAGACAUCGAAGACGGCAUCGGUCGCGAAGCAGAGAGAGGCACAGACAAAGAUCCAGAAGUGGCGAGAGGUAUCGUCAUCAUCCAAAGAAUGAUGAAAGAAACAGAAGACGAAGUCUCGACAGACGCGAAAGAAGGCAUCGAAGCCGGAGUCCUCAUGGGCGGCGGCAAGACCCCGAAAGAGAUGAGAGGAGGAGGCGAUCGGAGUAUAGACCUCGCAGAAGCCGCUCUCCUGAUCGAAGAGAUGGGGGCGACAGGAGGGAUAAGGAAUUUGAUAGACGACGCUGAGAUAGGAUACUGGAUAAAGGAACACCCAGAAGGACUCUGUCGAUAUUUCUUUACAUUACCUUCGAGCCCUGAAUGCCAUAUUAGAUGCAGAAUCCGGUGCUGGUGUCUCGUAGAUAAUCAUGGAAAUACCAAUCAUUAG